UGCCGUAAUUGGCUGAUAAGCCUUCCCCAGACUUAGACUGGAGGACUCCCGCCCGACGAGGCGCGCCUACACCCGAGAAACGUGUGAUAUAGUGAUGAAGCGUACCUUUUAAAAGCAUGCUGACGUUCCAUGGUUUGUAUCUUGAUCACUUGGGCAUAUACAACACUUGAAGCCAAUAUCAAAGACGACAUUUUACAAAGAAACUCAAACUGAAUCUAUCCUUUUCACCACAAUGUCUACCACCAAGCCCGAGCUCGAAAUCCCCGUCAUCAACAUUAGUGGCUACCUCCACGGAGACGAGGCGGCAAGAAAGGCAUGUGCCAAAGAGAUCCGCCAUGCCUUUGAAGAAGUCGGCUUCCUUCAGAUCGUUGGCCACUCAGUGAGCGCCGACCUUCAGAAACGCUUCAUCGAGGUCGUCGCCAAAUUCUUUGCUCUACCCAUGUCCGAAAAGUCCAAGAUUGCCCAAGACAAGUCCGCCUGCAACAGAGGCUACGAACGGAUCGGAGUCGAGAGGCUCGAGGAGAUCGAGGACAACACUCUCCUUGAGCAAAAGGAGGGCUUCACCGUCCGGCCAGAGAGGCCACUUGGCCGCUUUAUGACUGGACCAAACCAAUGGCCUGACAAAAGCCUCCCUGGCAUGAGCAACUUCAGCGAACUCUACAUGGAGUACUUCGAUGCUGUACAUGACUUGAGCACAAGCAUGUUCCGACUGAUCGCAUUGAGUCUGGACCUUGAUGAACACUUUUUUGAUGCUUUUGCGGCAGACCCUGAUGGCAUGCAACUUUGCCGUUCCCACCAUUAUCCGGCUACACCCAAAGGCGCAACUGGACAAGCAGGCCGUGGCAUUGGAGCACACACUGACUUUGGUGCUCUGACCCUUCUGCUUCAAGAUGAUAUUGGUGGCUUGGAAGUGCUUCACAAACCAACCGGUACCUGGCACCACGUUACCCCUAUCGAGGGUGCAUAUGUGAUCAACAUUGGCGACCUGAUGCAGAGAUGGACCAACGACAGAUACCGCAGCACCAUGCACCGUGUCAUCUCACCAUCUUCUGACAAGCCCAGAUACUCAGUCGCCUUCUUCAACGACGGAGCUUUGGAUAUGACCAUCGAAGCAAUCCCAACAUGCGUUCCAGCUGGCGAGAAGCCCAAAUAUGGUCCCCUCAAAGUGGAGGAGCAUCUGUUCAAGCGGUACUCUCAAAGUUAUUCACUUGGUCCUGCGGUUGUCAAGACACACAGGCCCAAGAUCGACGACGUCGUGCAAGUUCCUCAGAUUGCGGCUUAGUUCAAGCCAUUGCAGUUAUUCCCCCCAAUGUGUUUUCAGAUAUAUUUAGCAUAGCUUGAAAUGAAUUUCUUCAGCAUAGUAUCAAU